AUGACUGAACAAUUAAGAGAAACAUUUGCCCAGGCUAAGAGAGAAAAUCGUCGUGCUUUAGUCACGUUUAUGACCGCAGGUUAUCCAACUGUUGACGAAACUAUUCCAAUCUUAAAAGGUUUCCAAGAUGGUGGUGUAGAUGUCAUCGAAUUAGGUAUGCCAUUCUCAGACCCUAUUGCUGAUGGUCCUACCAUUCAAGUUUCCAAUACUGUUGCCCUAGAAAAUGGUGUUAGCUUAGAACAAACUUUAGAUUUAGUGAAACAAGCAAGAGAUCAAGGUGUGACAGUUCCUAUUAUCCUAAUGGGGUACUACAACCCUAUCUUAAACUACGGUGAAGAAAAAUUGAUUAGAGAUGCCGCUGAGGCAGGUGCCAAUGGGUUCAUCAUCGUUGAUUUACCACCAGAAGAAGCCAUUAAAGUAAGAGGAUUUGUCGCCGAAGUGGGAUUAAGUUUGAUCCCAUUAGUCGCACCUUCUACCACUGAUGACAGAUUAGAAUUAUUGUCUCAUAUCGCCGACUCAUUUGUUUAUGUCGUUUCAAGAAUGGGUACUACCGGUGCUCAAACAUCAGUAGCUUCUAAUUUAGAUCAAUUAGUCGCAAGAGUAAGAAAACAUACUAAGGAAAUCCCAAUUGCCGUCGGUUUUGGUGUCUCCACAAGAGAACAUUUCCAAGCUGUGGGUUCUUUAGCUGAUGGUGUUGUCAUUGGUUCUAAGAUCGUUACUCUUUGUAAAGAAGCUCCUAAGGGUAAAUGUUAUGAUACUUCCAAGAAUUACGUGGAAGAAAUUCUUGCUGGUGUUAAGCAUAAAUUACUAACUAAGGAUGAAUACUUCGAACUAAAGGAAUCAUCAAUUGCUAGUGGUAAGAAUCAUAAGAAGGAAGUAAACGAAUUUGAUGAAAAGCAUAAACAUCCAAUCAGAUUUGGUGAAUUUGGUGGUCAAUAUGUUCCAGAAGCUCUCCAUGCAUGUCUAAGUGAAUUAGAAAAGGGUUUCGAAGAAGCCAUUGCCGACCCAACUUUCUGGGAAGAAUUCAGAUCAUUAUACUCUUACAUUGGUCGUCCAUCUUCUCUUCAUAGAGCUGAAAGAUUGACUGAAUAUUGUGGUGGUGCUCAAAUCUGGUUGAAGAGAGAAGACUUAAACCACACCGGUUCUCAUAAGAUUAAUAACGCUCUAGCACAAGUUCUUAUUGCCAAAAGGUUAGGUAAGACCAAUAUCAUUGCAGAAACUGGUGCAGGACAACAUGGUGUCGCAACAGCUACUGCAUGUGCCAAAUUCGGUUUGAAAUGUACUGUCUACAUGGGUGCUGAAGAUGUCCGUCGUCAAGCCUUAAACGUUUUCAGAAUGAGAAUUCUAGGUGCCGAAGUUGUUUCAGUGACAAAUGGUACUCAAACGUUAAGAGAUGCCACAUCCGAAGCCUUCCGUUCUUGGGUGACAAACUUAAAGAAUACUUACUAUGUGGUGGGUUCUGCUAUUGGUCCACAUCCAUACCCAACUUUGGUGCGUACUUUCCAAAGUGUCAUUGGUAAGGAAACCAAGGAGCAAUUUGCUGCUAUGAAUGAUGGAAAACUACCAAAUGCUAUUGUUGCCUGUGUCGGUGGUGGUUCUAACUCUACUGGUAUGUUCUCUCCAUUCGAACAUGACACUUCCGUGAAACUAUUGGGUGUCGAAGCAGGUGGUGACGGUAUUGACACUGCAUACCAUUCUGCCACUCUAACAGUGGGUAGACCAGGUGUUUUCCACGGUGUGAAAACUUACGUGCUUCAAGAUGAAGACGGUCAAGUUCACGAUACCCAUUCUGUCUCAGCUGGUUUAGAUUACCCAGGUGUCGGUCCAGAACUAGCGUUCUGGAAAUCUACCGGUCGUGCCCAAUUCGUGGCUGCCACUGAUGCUCAAGCACUAGAGGGUUCCAAACUCUUAUCACAAUUGGAAGGUAUUAUUCCAGCUUUAGAAUCAUCUCAUGCUGUUUACGGUGCUGUUCAACUGGCUAAGGCAAUGAAACCAGAAGAACAUUUGAUUAUUAACAUUUCUGGUAGAGGUGACAAGGAUGUACAAAGUGUCGCUGAAGUUUUACCAAAAUUGGGACCACAAAUUGGUUGGGAUUUAAGAUUUGAAGCUGACCCAUCUGCUUAA